AUGAGGUGUGCUGAUUGCAAAGAAGAAGAUGGGGAGCUGGGGGACCCAUCAUACAAAUGAAAUGAGCAGGAGAAGAAGACACUGCAGGCGGCCAAUUAAUCCCUAAACACCAAACCAUCACACGAAGACUCAAAACAAUAACAUUUUCGCUUCAAUCAGGAGGAGGGAGCAAUUUACAAUUCAAGCGUCAGUCGAGCCAGUAGCGUUUGGCUGAUUAUGCCCCGCUCGAAUCUAAACCCUAAAAACACCACCUGGAAAACGAUGGCUUCCUUCUCGUUUAAUCUGAACCCCCCUCAGCCUCAUAUAUCGCCCUCCGCAUCUUCGUCGCUCUCCUGCUACAGCUCGCCUCCCCGCUUUCUCAAUUCGACAAAAUUCCAGCCGGGUUUUGCCUUAAUUCUCCUGUGGAUUGCUGGGUCUCAAUUGGUUGAAUUCCUAGUCGGGAAAAAGAACGUUCCAAAAUAGUUAAAUGAUGAAGAGGUACAGGAAUGGAGAAAUCUGGGACUUCGAGCUCGAAAAUCGGUUCGCCAGUAACCCUCCGGUGAUCUUAGGAUUGGAUGGCGGCACUACUUCCACCGUCUGUGUCUGCAUCCCCAUUCUGCCAUUCUCCGCCCCGCUACCGGACCCUCUUCCCUUUCUCGCCCGCGCCGUCGCCGGCUGCUCCAACCACAAUAGUGUUGGCGAACUUGCUGCUAGAGAGACCUUGGAGCAGGUUAUGGCAGACGCACUCUUGAAGUCCGGUUCCACUAGAUCUGCAGUUCGAGCAGUUUGUCUAGCUGUUUCAGGUGUUAACCAUCAAACGGAUGAGCGAAGAAUUUUGAAGUGGCUUAGGGACAUCUUCCCUCGUCGUGUUGAGCUAUUUGUUCAGAAUGAUGCUGUGGCAGCAUUAGCUAGUGGAACAAUGGGAAAGCUUCAUGGUUGUGUAUUAAUUGCCGGUACAGGGACGAUAGCAUAUGGGUUCACAGAAGAUGGAAGAGAAGCUCGGGCUGCAGGAGCUGGUCCUGUCUUGGGCGAUUGGGGAAGUGGAUACGGAAUAGCUGCACAGGCAUUAACAGCAGUAAUAAGGGCCUAUGACGGUCGGGGUGGUCAAACAAUCCUCACAUCAAGUAUAUUGCAGUUUCUAGGGCUUUCUUCUCCAGAUGAACUUAUUGGGUGGACAUAUUCAGAUUCAUCUUGGGCUCGCAUUGCAAAUCUUGUCCCAGUGGUCGUGUCUUGUGCAGAGUCAGGUGAUGAAGUUGCAAAUCAAAUACUGCAAGAUUCAGUUGAAGAAUUAGCUUUAAGUGUGAAAGCUGUUGUCCAUAAACUUGGGUUGUGUGGCGAAGGUAUGAUUCCUGUUUGUGUUUGAUUUUUUCAUAGCUUGUCAAUACUGUCAUAUGAUAUAGUUUCACUGGUUUUGUGACUUCAUUGCUUGUCAAUACUGUCAUAUGAUUCCUGUAUGUGCGUUGUACUAUAUUAUCAAUGCUCAGUUGCUGCAGUAAGAGAAGAAAUUUGCAGAUUUUCCAAUUUAGGUUAUACCAUAAAAUGGCUGCAGUCUUUAGAGCUUGAGGCCUGCUGUUAAUGAUUCAGUGAUGGAAAUGCUCCUUUUCCCCUUGUCAUGGUCGGUGGUGUUCUCGAAGCAAACAAGAGUUGGGAUAUAGGGAAAGAGGUUGUGAACUGCAUCUCUCGAGACUACCCGGGGGCUCUUCCAAUUGUACCGAAGGUAGAGCCGGCCGUGGGUGCAGCACUAUUAGCUUGGAAUUUCUUGAUGAAAGAGUCGCAAUGAAAUGGUGGCAACAAAUCCGCCAUUGCCAUAAUAGUGACCAUCGGUGCGAAGCUUAUAUAAAAUAAUGGCCUGCCUGUUGUAUAUUUGGGAGAAGAAAAGUGUAUGUGAAGUGAAUGGGGAAGAGUCUGAUUCUGUAUUGGGGGUGGGGGGGUAAUCGAGUUGUGUUGUUGAGCUCAGAAAAUUUGCAGCGAAUUUUUUACUGGUACUUUUGGUAUUGGUUGCCAAGUGGAACUGUCUAUGAUUAGGAUGUGACAACAAAAAAAAAAAAAAAAAAAAAAUUGGCAUUACCAUUUAUUGUCGUCCUCUUUGUCGUAUUUUGUUUUGCUUUCUGGUUGUCCUCUUUCUUUUUCCUUUUUAGAAAUGUAUCUUGUUUUUCCUUUUAAAAAAGUUCUAUAUAUGUAUCUUAUUACCAGCCAUGUGUAUGGGACUUGAGCGAUUAGAA